AUGUCUAAUCAGGUCGCUCCCGCACUGGUUCCUGUCGUUCCAGACCACGAGAUUAUCAUAGUCCCUGCUGGCGGUCAUCCGGAUCGGCAGCCACUCCUGGAUCAGUGCCUCGGCAGUCCGAGUCGAGGUUUCUCAUUGGAAGACGAGUACGACAAAUAUGAUCCGACAGCAACUCACUUUCUGCUUCGGCUUUUGCCUUCCAAGCUCGCCAUCGGCACCAUUCGUGGGACGAAGAUGGUUGGCAGCAAUGGUGACGUCCACUACAAGCUAAGCCGGCUUGCCGUUCUCAAGUCCUACCGACGACAUCGCUUCGGCCGGGAUCUCGUCCUUGCUCUCCACGAGUGGGUAAAAGAAGACGCGAAACAUCCAUCAGAUGUCGAAUUUGUGAAGGUGGUUGCACAUUCACAGAUACCUGUCAAACCGUUCUAUUCAAAGUAUGGUUAUCUUGCAGAGGGGAACGAAUUCGAUGAGGAUGGUGCCCCGCAUCAAAAGAUGGUUGCUUAUCUCUCCCUACAGCGGAAUUAA